CUAUAAAAAUAGUGGAUAAGACCCAGCUGGAUGAUGAGAACCUGAAAAAGAUCUUCAGAGAGGUGCAAAUCAUGAAGUUGCUGAAACACCCCCACAUCAUCCGCCUCUACCAGGUGAUGGAGACGGAGAGGAUGAUCUAUCUGGUAACGGAGUACGCCAGCGGUGGAGAGAUAUUUGACCACCUGGUGGCUCAUGGGCGUAUGGCAGAAAAAGACGCCAGAAAGAAGUUCAAGCAGAUUGUGGCAGCGGUGCACUUCUGUCACUGUCGCAACAUCGUCCACCGAGACUUGAAGGCAGAGAAUCUGCUCCUGGACCACAACCUCAACAUCAAAAUCGCAGAUUUUGGCUUCAGUAACUUGUUUUCUCGAGGCCAGCUGUUGAAGACAUGGUGUGGCAGCCCUCCCUAUGCUGCACCGGAGCUUUUUGAGGGGAAAGAGUAUGAUGGUCCAAAAGUAGAUAUAUGGAGCUUAGGUGUGGUGUUAUAUGUUUUGGUGUGUGGCGCCCUGCCUUUCGAUGGCAGCACUCUACAAAAUUUGCGGGCACGUGUCCUCAGUGGGAAAUUCCGCAUCCCCUUCUUCAUGUCCACAGACUGUGAGUACUUAAUCCGACACAUGUUGGUCCUGGAGCCCAGCAGACGGUUGUCCAUGGAGCAGAUCUGUAAGAACAAGUGGAUGAGACAAGGAGACCCAGACCCAGACUUUGACAGGUUGAUAGCAGAAUGUACGCAGGUGAAGACGGAGAGAGAGACGGAGCUCAUCAAUGAGCAGGUGCUGAUAGCCAUGUCUGAAAUGGGCCUGGACAGAGAGCGCACGCUUCAGUCCCUUCAAACUGAUGCGUAUGAUCACUACAGUGCCAUCUAUAGUCUGCUGGCUGACCGCCUCAAGAAACACAAGACGCUGCGUGUUGCUCAGCCUCCCCUGCGUUCCAUUAGCUACCCCCUUAAUGCUGUACAGCAGACAGAUCCACAGGGUAAUCCAGUUAGCAUGACCGUUCCCCACGUCCAGCUCAUCAACCCAGAGAACCAGAUUGUUGAGCCGGAUGGCAGCAUGGCACUGGACAGUGAUGAAGGAGAGGAGCCGUCUCCCGAGGCCAUGGCUCGCUACCUUUCAAUGAGGCGGCACACUGUGGGGGUACCAGACCAAAGGACAGAGAUGCAGGAAGACCUUCAGAAACUGCCACCAGGUUUCCCACGAGGUGCAGUGCCCCAGCCCCCAUUCCCUCUAUUGGCCCCCAACAUGGGCCAAAUACACACUCUCAUGCCCACACAGAGCCUGCAGCCCACACAACAACUGGAGUACAAGGAACAGUCUUUGCUUCAGCCACCCACACUUCAACUCCUCAAUGGCAUGGGGCCUCUCGGCCGACGAGCUUCCGACGGAGGAGCUAACAUUCAGCUACAUGCUCAACUCCUAAAAAGGCCCAGGGGGCCCUCGCCUCUUGUCGCCAGCCCGCACCCCAUCCCUGCUGUAGCUCCAGUAGAUGAGGAAGGUUCGGAUGGAGAGCCAGACCAAGAGGCGGUACAGAGGUACCUGGCGAACCGCUCCAAGCGGCACACGACGCACGCGCUCAUGAGCACAUCGCAUGGCGAGCCCUCGGCAGACUCACAGCGGCCCCAGGGCCCCCGCCAGAGGGGGGGUUGGGCCCCCGACAUACACACCCGAUCCAGUUAUAAGGACUCGAACACCCUUCAUCUCCCCAUGGAGCGCUUCUCACCUGUCAGACGGUUCUCUGAUGGCGCCGCCACCAUCCAGGCUUUCAAGGCUCAUCUAGAAAACAGCAGCCUCAUUAAGCAACUCAAACAGGAGUGUGAGCAGCUCCAGAAAAAGUAUGCUCUCCAGCAGGAUGAGCAUCUCCUGGAGCACACCCAGCAGCAGCAUAUCCUCUACCAGCAAGAGCAACAAAUCCUCCACCAGCAAAUCCAGGGUCUGUCUUUAGGCCAUGGAGAGAGCCAGCCGAGUCAUCUAACCCACCAGCUUCAGAGAUUGCGUAUCCAGCCCUCCAGCCCGCCGCCAACACAUCCCAGCAACCACCUCUUCAGGCAGCCCAAUCAGAGCCCUCCGCCUGGCUCUGCAGGCAUACUGCAAGGGCACGGUGGUCCGUCACCAGUGCAGUACCAGCACCAGCAUGGUACUGCAGCACUGUACCAAGGCCAGAGUGGAAGCCCACCUCCCACAGGUUUGCCUCGAGUCGCUCACACAACAAAUCAGCAAGCACCAUCUGUCCGCCCCACUGUCCCAUUGGCACAGGGUGUACCUCAACAACAGCAGGUGACCAUCCAGGUGCAGGAAGUGGAACUGGGAGGUGUGGCGCAGAGACAAGGUAGCUUUUUGUCCACACCAGGACACAGAGUUCUUGGGAAGCAGCUGAGUGCAGACAACGCCGAGAUGCACAGUCGCAGCCUUGGCCGCUUCACAUCGGGCUAUGAACAGGCCCAGUUCAAUGCCCAUCUCAUCUCUGGCGACGCUGCCUCCCGGGGCGCCUCCGGAGUGCUCAGCUCCUUCAGCCCGUACCUACAGGGAGCCUCGCUCAAAGUCCCCAGCCUAGAAGGGUACCAGGGCGGGGUGGUGGGGAGUGGCAACUAUGGUACUCCCUCAACACUACAACAGGCCCUGCUGUCCCCAACUCCUUUGGACUACCGCCCCCCACAACAGCACGUCACCCCCACCCUGCAGGGCCUCCUCUCCCCCCGUCACUCUUUAACAGGGCACGCUGAUCCCAGGUUGCCUCCCCAAGACCUGGCCGCCCUGCUGAAGAGGCACAGUCCCCGGCCUUGCCCAGCGCCCCCCACACCACCCAGCGGUCCGCCCCAGGAGUAUGGAGAAAUGUUGCUUCUACACCAGCUGAGCCAGGGUGAGAACUUGGAACCACCGACGCCACAGGGUGCCCCCGGAGGCCCGCACUACCUCCACCUCCUCCAGAUUCGACCACCUGAUGUCCAGCCACAGCAGCACCCAGCCCAGCCACCGUGCCCCAGCUUACCUUACUCAGAGAGCAUGGAGGAGGACGAGGUGCCACCUGGCUACCAUCACCCACACGAGGGCCUGCUGACCAAGGCAGGGGAAGGUCAUGAGCUCCUCGGGCCUCCCCGCGGAGGCACCCCGCCCUAUAACUCCCCGACACACAGGCAUGGCGGCUAUAUAAGGAGUCCUCCAGCAACGAGAGAAUCUGAGUGCGUGGAGUGUAGGCCCCCAGGGCAGGCCAUGGAGGUGCCUGAUCAUAAUGGUGUGGGCUACUCUCGAGGUCCCCAGGGUGACGCCUAUAGGUCCCGUGGACAACUACAGCGCCACCACACCAUUCAGACCUGCGAUGAUGCUUAUGACCAGGUAGAGCCCAUGUCUGGAAUGAGCCUGUUGGCUGGAAAGGCAUUAAGCUCUGCUCGCAUGUCAGACAUCCUCAGCCAGACAUCAUUGACAGGAAGCCAGCAGCUGCACCAGCGGGAAGAGUCAGUGUGUGAUGUCGAAGGGGAGCUCCAUGCAGCAGCGUGCUACCCCUCCUCCUGCACCAGUGACAUGCUCCUCAGCUACAAGCCCCCAGACCUGCAGUACAGCAUGGAGCAGGCUGGGGUCUAGCACAGGAAAGGAUGUAUCCUGUGUACAGCGGUCCAUAUCAGCCAUCCUGAGUUGUGUUGACUUGAGUUGAGCAGCAUCACACCAAACCCACCACCACCACCACCGUCGUCUUUUGUCCAACCUGGGCCUCGGGAGGGAGGGAGAGGGAGGGAGGGCACUCUACGUCCAUCUGUAUUGUCUCCGUCUGUCCCCGGGAGGGGACUCUGUAUAAGAGAGGGAGAGUGUGUGGGUAUAAUCUUCAGUUGGGGAGCACAGGUGGGGCUGUGGGGGUUUCAAAGGUCAAAGUGCCAGCAUUUUCUGCACAGACCUUCAGCACCUGCUGCUGGUCAUCUCUUCUUUUCUUCACCUCCCGUCGCGGUUAGACUGCAGUUCCACUCCUCCCUCUUCCGGCCCCACAGCCUCACCCCCCCUUCACCACCUCACCUCAC